AUGCCGAUACAAACAAGUCCACCGUCCUUCUCGGACACCUUCCCGUCUUUCAUGUCAGUCUACGGUGGUCUGCCUUCGCGGUACAAGGAAGAAGAGCAUUCGAUCCAUCCUCUGCAACUACCUGCCCACAUUCCUGUCAACAUUCACUCGAACACGAAACGUUUCCAUCCAUCCGGCCAUCGUGAGAGUAUCUCUUCAGUCACCUCUGGUUCAACCGAGUCCUCUCCAUACACGGCCGAUUCGCCCUUCGAUUGCCCCUCCACGGGUGACAUCUCCCCAAGCUCAUCUCCAGAAACCCCAUCAAUUCUGCCGCUGUCAUACCCUCAGUUCCCUCCAUCCUGCCCCACGAGAACCGCCUCGUUCCCCGCGAUGCCUCUGGAUAACUCUCUGCUGUCACCCGCGUCAGCGGCUGCGCGCCCAAUCUCGCCUGGGCCAAAACCACGCAAUUUGAAGAACCUGUCAUUGCGUGUGCCCUUGCCGUCGCAGGACCGGCCACCACUUGCGACGGCGUCCAUGGUCGAAACCACAUCCCAGCGCAAUCUUUCGGCCCCUCCAUCUCCAAUCCACAUGCCCCCCAAAAGUGGUCGACGACGCCCCGCCCACCUCACAAUUCGCACACCAGGCCUGGACAAGUCUUUCACGACGAACGUGCCCGACUUGGUACCCCCUACUCCCUUGGGUCGACAAUUCCUGCGGCAUGCAGAAUCAUCGCCUUCCCUCACGUCUAUUGCUUCCCCCGGAUUCGCGCCCCAGGGUGGUAUGCAGUUGCCACAGCUGACUCGGCCUUCUUCACGCCCCGGUAGCCGACGACGCCCCACUACAUCAUCCGACAAUACAGUGUCAGCUUUGCAGUCAUUACCCGACGAUACUUCUACGUUUCCUCAGACUGUCAUUCCCGAGUUAGACGAAGAGGACGAGGCCCCAGCUUCGCGAGAGUCCGCUCGUGGUAAAGAGCGCGGAUACCCGGACGGACCUAUUCGAAUCUACGACACUGGCGUCUUUCUUUAUCUGGAACCUACAGCUGAGGAGGCCGCGCGGUUUGACGUCGUCAUCAACGUCGCCAAGGAAGUCAAGAACCCGUUCAGUACUGGAGAUGAAGAGCUCAGCAAUACGGUUAUGAGCACCUGGCGUAAUAGCUCCAUCGUAUCCAAGCGAUUUUCGAUGGGCGAGCCCCAAACCGCCGUAUCUGAGAUCUCUUUCAAAUCCGCCUUUGAAUACCAGCCUUCCGAAGCAGAUGCCACGCAUCCAGUGACAUCUGCUGCGACACCCUCGGAGUCGCCCGAGUACAUCCACGUUGGCUGGGACCACAACUCCGAAAUUUUGGAGGAUCUUUUCCCCUUGUGUGAGUUGAUUGAUGAUCGAAUCUCCAAGGGUAAACGAGUUUUGAUCCACUGUCAGCUCGGUGCCAGUCGGUCCGCGUCCUUGGUGAUUGCUUAUGGCUUGUACAAGAAUCGGAACUUGGACUUCAAUUCGAUGUACGAUGUGGUCAAGGGACGCAGUCAGUGGGUUGGCCCAAACAUGAGUCUCAUUUACCAGCUCACCGACUUCCGCGCUCACUUGCUCCGUGGAUCUCCUCCUACGAGAGCGGCGCCUCAGGAGUGGUUCGUUAAGACCGGCCGUCGCAGCUCCGAGCCUCAGGUGACGCGUGCUGAACGCGAAGAGGCACAGCAACGAUCCGCUCUCAAUGAGGUGCCCCAUGUGGUACACGUGCCAUCUCCAGUCGCUGGCUCCUCAACAUCGUCAUCAAGGGGUCUACGGCCCAAGACCAGUUGCAAUGAGAACCGAUCACCCAAGCGCAGUCUUUCUCCUCGCCCUCUGCCAUUCCGACAAAAAUUCCAAUCAAUCGAAUCAGUCUCCGAUUUUGGGAACCCGGAUUUACCACGGGCCGUCAGCAGCCAUGGCCCACACGCUCCAACUGAAAUUUUGAAGGUUGAGGGUAUCCCAUCUGCAAGCAUCGCGUCCGUCGAGAACUAUUACAAUGAAGUCUCGGACCCGCGAUCUCCUCCUGCUGGAGGUGAGCGUAUGAUCUUGAGGAACAUCGAUGAGUUUUUGUAA